CGGCGGCCCCGGGACAGCCCGUGCCGGCAGCUCGGUGUCCCCACCCGGUGACGCCCGUGUCCCCGCAGGGAUCCGGCUGCACUUCCCGGCGCUGGUCCGGGGCCUGACGGCGCAGUCGGCGGCCAAGGCCCAGCUGGGGCUCGGUCACAGCGACUCCCGGGCCAAGGUGAAGUUCAACGUGCACCGGGUGGACAACAUGAUCAUCCAGUCCAUCAGCCUGCUGGACCAGCUGGACAAGGACAUCAACACCUUCUCCAUGCGGGUCCGGGAGUGGUACGGGUAUCACUUCCCCGAGCUGAUCAAGAUCGUCCCCGAGAACUCCAUGUACUGCCGGGUGGCCAAAUUCAUCGGGAACCGCCGGGAGCUGAGCGAGGAGAGCCUGGAGGGGCUGGAGGAGAUCGUCAUGGACAGCGCCAAGGCCCAGACCAUCCUGGAGGCCUCCCGCUCCUCCAUGGGGAUGGACAUCUCCCCCCUGGACCUGAUCAACAUCGAGAGCUUCUCCCGCCGCGUCAUCUCGCUGUCCGAGUACCGCAAGGGGCUGCAGGAGUACCUGCGCUCCAAGAUGAGCCAGGUGGCCCCCAGCCUGUCGGCGCUCAUCGGGGAGGUGGUGAGUGCGGUGCCCGGGGCGCCCCGCCGGCCGCGGACGUGAUGUCAGAGUGAAUCUGUCAAUCCACUGAGCUGCGCUGCUGACGCUUCCACUGCUGAUCCCGGCCUGCGGGGACCCCUCCCUGCGCCCUCGGGGGGUUCAGGGUCACCCUGGGACCCCUCCCUGCGCCCUCGGGGGGGUUCAGGGU